UAUCUUCUUGUUGUACACAUGGACAUGGGGUAGGGGGUCAGGCGCCGCUGCAGUAUUUAUUUUAAAAACUUGUCAUCUGAUAAAAGAAACCAGUGAAAGAGUGUCGGCAAGGUCACUGCCCAUUUGUCGUUUUUCCCUGCAAGACGUCUAAGGACUGUUCUACCACCAAAAUGUCUACUGAUACAAAGGAAGGAAUGCUUCUUGGUAUGGGCAAUCCUUUAUUGGACAUUCUUGCCACUGUCACUCCUGACUUCCUCACGAAGUUCAAUCUCAAGGCUAAUAAUGCCAUACUUGCUGAUGAAUCACACAAGUCUUUGGUGCCAGAAAUGGUUAAGAAUUUCAAAGUGGAAUACAUUGCAGGAGGGUCUGUGCAGAACACAUUAAGAAUUGCUCAGUGGAUUUUAAAAAAGCCAAAUGUAGCUGCAUUCUUUGGUUGUGUGGGCCGUGACGACAACAGUGAAAUCAUUCAGAAAAAGGCAGUGGAGGCAGGAAUAAAUGUCCAAUAUCAGUACAGUGAAACACAAUCCACAGGUACAUGUGCUGUGCUAGUCACAGACAAUGGCCGCAAUAGGUCCUUGGUAGCAGAUCUGUCAGCUGCUAAUUGUUUUACUUCGGACCAUAUUAAGAAACCAGAAAAUAAGAAACUUAUUGAGAAUGCCCAGUUCUUUUACAUAUCUGGCUUCUUUUUGACUGUGAGCCAGGACACCAUCCAGACAGUUGCAAAAUAUGCUCAUGAAGCAAAUAGGACUCUUGCCAUGAAUCUUAGUGCUCCAUUUAUUGUUCAAAUAUUCAAGGACGGUAUGAUGGCUGCUAUGCCUUAUGUAGAUAUUCUUUUUGGGAAUGAAACAGAAGCUCUUGCUCUGGCCAAAGAGUUAGACUUUGGCACCUCUAAGAUGGAAGAAAUAGCUCUCAAAAUUUCACAGCUGAAGAAAGCUGGAAGUAAGCCUCGUAUGGUGGUCAUUACUCAAGGUCAUGAUCCAGUAAUUCUUAUCAAAGAUGGUGCCCUAAAAACUUAUCCCGUUGAACAACUGCCUGAGGGGAAGAUUGUCGAUACCAAUGGUGCUGGAGAUGCCUUUGUUGGAGGAUUUUUGGCUCAAUUGAUCCAAGGCAAAGAUGUUGAUUCUUGUGUGAAAUGUGCCAUCUGGAGUGCAACACAUGUUAUUCAGCAGUCAGGUUGUGCAUUUGAUUCUUCUAUUCAAUAUUUUGGUUGAAUAAAAUAAUACUGAUAUGAAA